AUGGAUAUCGACAAAGUUGACAGAACACAGCCGCUCGCCCUUGAAUAUAUUCGUGAAAAAAAACGGACAACGAGACCGCCGGUGUGCACGUGGGGCCAAGAGCUAAACGUUGGAUUGGAUGGGCACCUGGAGGCGUAUGGACUGGCCGCUUGUCUGUCUGCUCUGUCGACUGGAUCGUAUUUAACUCGCGAAAAUCUCCUGGCUCCUCAGCAGUGUCCUUUUGGGCAGCUUCCCAGUAAGAGGUGUUGUGCGGUCCUGUCCAGCAGUGUCCCAAAGAUGUCUCUUGCCAGAGUUCUGGUGGCGAUGGCGGUGCUGGGGCUGACCUCGGGUGCCCCCAGCCCGAGCGUCCUCAACCAGGGCUUCGCAAGAGGAAGUGCCAGCGGUGCCAGCGCCGGAGGGAAUGCGGGUGCCCACGGGACGUCGUCCUUCUCUGCUGGCGCCGUUGGGGGCUCGGGCGCUGCUGGAGGAUUCGGCGCAGGGUUCGGAGGAGGAGACUUGGCUUCUCUCCUGCCCUUCCUCGAGAGCGAUUUCGAUCUGUUCGAGGCGCCCGAGUUCGAUCUGGAGCCUGAGGACCUGCUCUUCAGCCAGCUUGCAGGCAUGGGAGGAGGACUCGGCCCGCUCGGUGGAGUGGGAGGGGGACUCGGCCCAUUCGGUGUAGUGGAAGGGGGACUCGGAGGAAGAACGAGAGGACCUAGCCAGCAAGGAGCAACGGCAGGAGGACACGGGGGAAGAGCAGAGGGAGGACUCGGCCAGCAGGGAGCAACAACAGGAUUGAGCCAGCAGGGAGCAACAGCAGGAUUGGGCCAGCAGAGUGCAACGGCAGGAUUCGGCCAGCAUGGAGCAAUGGGAGGGGCAUUUGGACAGUUCGGAGGACUCGGCCCACUGGGCGCAGGAUUCUUCGAUGGCGAGGACUUCCUGGACUACGAGGACCUCCUCUUGUCCUCCCUGUUCUGAGACUCGCAGGGAAGGACGAGAUGGAAGCGAAGGGGAAUUGGCCAGGGCAGCCUUUAUGGCGAAGGAGGAGCUCCGGGGAACGAUCGCGAGAUGUGGAAAUCAUAUAUUUCCAACCUAAAGGGAAUUAUUUAUUCUUAAUGUAAGGAGAAACUGAUUCAGCCUCUGCUCUCACUUGUAUAUUUCUCUGAUUCAAAGGAAACACACGUGUCCUUUUGCGUCAAAAAGAUGUAAACGUGUAAAUAAAUGACGAAUAUGA